AUGCCUACACUCAAACAUAUUUCCACAGAACACAGCAACUUGUACCACCCACGCAUAGUCGUAGACCAUACGCAGCCGAUGGGCACCCGGCCGUAUCGCGUUGACACCGACAGAUUCAUAAAGAUACCUUACGUCGCCCGUGCACACUACGCCCCAAGCAUUGAACAUCCCGCCGGAUCCUCUGAAUAUUCCCACAAACAUAAAAAUUUCUCAGUCCUACAGCAGCAUAUAAUAUUCUGGGACCGCGACCGCGAUGGAGUGAUCUGGCCCCGGGACACAUUCGUCGGAUUCCGUGAUCUUGGGUUCAACGUGGUAUUCUCUCUCUUCGCCGUCUUUGUCAUUAACAUAUGCUUCUCCCUCCCGACACGCCUCGCACAUAGCUACUUCCCUGACCCAUUCUUCCGUGUCUAUGUCUCUAGCAUACACAAAGACAAGCAUGGUUCUGACUCAGGAGUGUACGACACCGAAGGACGCUUCGUCCCCUGCCGCUUCGAGGAUAUCUUCGCCAAAUACUCCUCCAAGCAGUCUUCAACCGCUCCUGGGGAAACACUUUCGCUACGAGAGAUCAUGCACUUGAUGCAUGGCCAGCGCGUCGCUGUGGACCCGUACGGCUGGUCCGCUGCGGCCUUUGAGUGGGGUACGACUUGGCUCCUUUUGCAGGAGAAUGGCUGCAUCGAUAAAGAGGACCUGAGGAAGCUGUACGACGGCUCGUUGUUCUAUGAAAUUAGGGAGAAGCGGAAGACAAAGGAAGGAUGGAGAAAGGGCUGGGGGCUCGGAGGUGAUGGGUUUGUGGGAGGCGUCAAGAUCCUGCCAUUCAGUUUCUGA